AAACACUUUCCUUUAUACCUAUGAACAAAAUCCAGACUGCAAUUCCCAGGAGCCUCCGGUACCUCCCCCCCUCCCGCAGCUGUGUACCGAGGACAGCAGGAGGAGGAAAUGGAGGAGGGGGGAGUUUGGGAAAGAAUGUUUGGAAUUCAUUUCCUGCCCAGCAGCUCUGAAGGCUUGAUAGACGACGUGUGAGACAACAUCAUGAAGGAGUGAAGGAACUACUCUCCGAGACUUGCAGGCAGCUCCGGGCUGCCGGGGGGGGAGCAGCAGCAGCAGACGGAGGUCCCACCAUCAUGGCCCAGCCCCUGCUCAAGAGGACCUUCUCGCGGCUGCGAGGCAAGAACAAAUCCCGCAGGAAGUGUGAGCCCCAAGUCAGCGACGACGUUCCCCUCCAGUCAGAUGUCCCGCAGAACCCUUUUGAUCCUGUACCCAGAAAGACUGUAGCAGACUCGGACCCCGCUUUGCUAAACCUUAUCACAUCUAAGAAGUCGCAGUGGGUGUGGCAAGGCUCGGAGGCGACAUCACAAAACUGGGAUGGGGACAGAAAGUCCGUUUGUACACUGGGACAGAAGCAGGCUCAGAGGCAACCACAGGAGAAGGAGGCCUCCCAGCCAGCAGUCGUUUCCGUGCAUCCAAACAUGCCAAUGAGCACCAAGCUCUCCGGCCGGCGUGCCUACCUGCAGAGCUUGGAUCGCAGCAGUCGAGACUGGGUUCUGUCGUCGGGAAAAUCCGACACGUCAGAGCAGGUCUGCAGGCGGAAUCGGGAAAGCGGCAGCAAUAUAUGGUACAACCCGAUUCCAGAGGAGGAAGAUAUAUGUGGACUGCCAAAAAAACAGGAUGUGUGGACGAGGAGGGACCCCGGGCGAGCGGAAGCAGAAAGACCGGGUCCUGCUGAGACCGGAAUCGAUAGCUCAGAUAGAGCUUGUCGAGAUGCUUGCCCGUCGGACGGAAUCAACCUUCACGCUGAGGACGUUACAGCAGACGGCACAGACUCCAACUCCGCCCUCCAUAAAAAAGGGGGUGUGAUUGACAGACUGAGGUCUCCUGGCACAGUGAGGAAACUCUCCCUGAAGAUGAAGAAACUUCCUGAGCUCAGACGCAAAAUCAGUCUUCGUUCCUCCCGCGUGCGACAAGAAAUCGACAGAGCAGGCGGAGCGGAUAAAACCGGCAACAAGAACGCGUCAGACCGGAAUGUCAUCAGUCGAUAUCACCUGGAUAGCUCCGCUCCUCCUGUUUUGCCGCUGAGGAGGUCCUCCAGAGGACGCUCCGCCGAUAAAGGAGGUUAUCUCAGCGAUGGAGACUCACCAGAGCUACUGCCUCGGCAAGCGAGCGAGAUGGCUACAUUCCAGCUGUACAUGGACGCUGAGCCUCCACGAAACUGUCAGCGUAUGACAGGUUUACUGACGGUUCACCUCCUGGGCCUGGACCAGAUGAAAUCAACGAGGUCAGAUGAAAGCAAAGAGAUUUUUCUCGUCAUCCAGAUUGACGGAAUCACUCGGGCCAGGACCGCCCUCCUCGCCCUGCAAGGCCACACCCUCUCAUUGAACCACACCUUCCACCUGGAGCUGGAGAGGGCGUGGCAACUACGCGUGGUGGUUUUAACGCCAGCAAGAAGUCACCCAGAGUCCAACCAAACCAGGAACAGGGUUUGCUGUCUGGGAGGAGUCGCUAUCCCGCCUCUCUUUAAAGGAAGUCGCAGUCAACAACUUUGUGUGAAGUUGGAACCGAGAGGCCUCCUUUACAUCAAACUGUUUCUGCAGGAGCAAUGGGAUAUGCAGUUGGACAGAACAUCAGCAGUACCUGCUAACGUGUUUGGGGUCGAACUGCGCCGUCUGGUGGAGGAAGAAGGAUCAUCCUCUCCGGUUCCUCUGAUCAUCCAGAAGACGGUGGCAGAGAUCGAACGGCGAGGAUUGAAGGUUGUGGGUCUAUACAGACUUUGUGGUUCUGCGGCGGUGAAGAAGGAGCUGAGGGAUUGCUUUGAGAGGAACACCUCAGACGUGUGCCUGGGUGAGGAUCUCUAUCCUGACAUCAACGUUCUCACCGGCAUACUGAAAGACUACCUACGGGAGCUGCCGUCUCCACUCAUCACUUCCACUUUAUACGAGGUGGUGAAGGAAGCUAUGACGCUGCAACCCCCUCCUGCCGCCCCCGACUUCCACUUAUCUCGGAGCACGGUGGAGCUUCUGUCCUGUUUGCCGGCACCGGAGAGGGCCACUUUGUCCCACCUGCUGGACCACCUCAGCCUGGUCGCGUACUUCAGCUCGUCUAACAGGAUGACUCACCAAAACCUGGCAGUCUGCUUUGGUCCGGUACUCCUUAAACAAACGCAGGAGGACUGGAGAGGAGGUCGAGGAGGAGCAAAGGGACGUCAUGGAGAGGAUUUAGCCAACGCCGUCGAUUUCAAACUCCACAUCGAGGCCUUGCACUACCUGCUGCAGCUGUGGCCAGUGCCAACGAACCGAAUCCCGUCAGACGACCCUGACGUCUUGCUGGCACAUUCAAGCCUGAAGCGCCAACAGGAGGAAGCGGUGGUAUCACGUCGGGGUCGAGAUGGCGUGGCGCGCCUCGACAGUCCGCCUCCGGUUAACCGCUAUGCUGGCGACUGGAGCGUCUGUGGGCAAGAUCUUGUUCCCGGACAGGAAGCUGAUUAUGAUGAGGUGGCAGGAAGUGAGAGCGAUGAAGGUAGCGACCAUGAAGUUGACGAAGCAAAGAAAGAGCCAUGGUUUCCAACGGGAAGCAGAACUCUCUUUGUGGAUGACGUCAUGGAUUUCGACGCUCCGUUUACCUGCCGACUCAGCCUGAAGGACUUUGACAGUCUGAUUCACGACCUGGACCGACAGCUAGCCAAACAGAUUAACAUCUGUCUGUAGAUGACGAUGAGGAGGAGGCUGAAACCAAACUAUGUCAGACGACGACGCAUGAGGGUCACUGACACGAUGUCCAUGUGCAAACUAUUUGACUUUUGACCUUUUGCACUGCUCAAGCCAUACUUUCACUCUUUGUUGACGUGAAGAAAACUGCACUCUGUUAAAAUUUUGUUUCAUAGUAUUUUCCAGCACUUAUUUGGAAUGUUUGAACGUUCAAGUGGAGCUAAAGUACUAAGUACAGUUGUAUUAAAAACAGUAUGGUUUCCAUAGCGACACCUCGUCUUUUACUUCCGGUUCGUGUCCCUCAGUGAUGCUGAUCACUGUUCAUGGUACCAAUUUGUGACUGAUGCUCCAAACUGAGCACGCUUUGUUUUUGUUUGUUUUUUUGUCACUAUUAUGUUUUGCACAACUUCAGAAUGCACUUGUUUUUGUAACCAAAAUGAUGCACAGCAGCUCGCCAGUCUUAAAUAAAAAUAAAAUCACUUUCUCUAAAAAUGG